CGGCGCGGGCUGCGGGCGUGCAGUGAGGAGUUCGCGUGCCCCGAGCUGGAGGCGCUGUUUCGCACCUACACGCUGCGGCUGGAACAGGCGGCCACGCUCAAGGCGCUGGCGGUGCUCAGCUUGCUGGCGGGCGUGCUGGCGCUGACCGAGCUGCUGGGCGACCCCAGCCCCACGCCCGGCCUGGCCAAGGGUUCGCACCCCGUGCACUGCGUUCUCUUCCUCUUGCUCUUGGUGGCCACCCACGUCAAGUACCUGCAAGUGCCCCAGCUGCAGCAGAUCGGCAAGCUCACGCUGCUCUUCAGCCUCACCUUCGCGCUGCUGUGCUGUCCCCUGGCGCUGGGCGGCCCCAUCAGUGUCCAAGACCCGGGACCCGCGGCUGCCCAGCAGGGCGUCUGGCAGCUUCUUUUGGUUACUUUCGUGUCUUAUGCUUUGCUGCCUGUGCACAGCCUGCUGGCCAUCGGUUUUGGGCUCGUGGUGGCCGCCUCACACUUGCUGGUCACCGCCACCUUGGUCCCUGUCAAGCGCCCACUUCUCUGGAGGACGCUCGGAGCCAAUGCCUUGCUUUUUGUCGGCGUGAACGUGUAUGGGGCCUUUGUGCGGAUCCUGACCGAGCGCUCCCAGAGGAAGGCCUUCCUGCAGGCCCGCAGCUGCAUCGAGGACAGGCUGAGGCUGGAGGAUGAGAACGAGAAGCAGGAGCGGCUUCUGAUGAGUCUUCUGCCCCGCAAUGUUGCCAUGGAGAUGAAGGAGGACUUUCUGAAACCCCCUGAGAGAAUUUUCCACAAGAUUUAUAUCCAGAGGCAUGACAAUGUGAGCAUUCUGUUUGCGGACAUUGUGGGCUUCACGGGGCUGGCAUCCCAGUGCACGGCCCAGGAGCUGGUGAAACUCCUGAAUGAGCUCUUCGGGAAGUUUGACGAGCUAGCCACGGAGAACCACUGUCGGAGGAUCAAGAUCCUGGGAGACUGCUACUACUGUGUGUCAGGCCUCACACAGCCCAAGGCUGACCAUGCCCACUGCUGUGUGGAGAUGGGACUUGACAUGAUUGACACUAUCACGUCUGUGGCUGAGGCCACUGAGGUGAACUUGAACAUGCGAGUAGGACUGCAUACAGGCCGGGUACUCUGUGGGGUGCUGGGCCUGCGCAAGUGGCAGUAUGAUGUGUGGUCCAACGACGUCACCCUCGCCAAUGUCAUGGAAGCGGCUGGCCUGCCAGGGAAGGUCCAUAUCACAAAGACGACCCUCGAGUGCCUGAACGGGGACUACGAGGUAGAGCCGGGUUACGGACACGAGAGGAACAGCUUCUUGAAAACACAUAACAUCAAAACCUUUUUUAUUGUGCCAUCCCAUCGACGAAAGAUAUUUCCAGGACUGAUUCUCUCCGAUAUAAAACCAGCCAAGAGGAUGAAGUUCAAAACGGUCUGCUACCUGUUAGUGCAGCUCAUGCACUGCCGGAAGAUGUUCAAGGCCGAGAUCCCCUUCUCCAACGUCAUGACGUGUGAGGAUGAUGACAAGAGAAGAUCGCUGAGAACAGCUUCAGAAAAACUCAAAAACCGGACAUCUUUCUCUACCAAUGUGGUCUACACCACACCCAGCACACGUGUCAACAGGUAUAUCAGCCGCCUCUUGGAAGCUCGGCAAACAGAGUUGGAGAUCGCAGACUUGAACGUCUUCACCCUGAAGUAUAAGCAUGUUGAACGAGAACAAAAGUACCACCAACUUCAGGACGAGUACUUCACCAGUGCUGUUGUUCUCUCACUCCUUCUGGCUGCCGUCCUUGGCCUUGUCUACCUUCUCAUUAUCCCACAAAGCCUAAUCGUCCUGGUCCUGCUUGUGUUCUGUGUUUGCUUCUUGAUGGCAUGUAUCAUGUAUCUGCACAUCACUCGAGUCCAGUGUUUUCCAGGGUGCCUGACGAUUCAGAUCCGUACUACUUUGUGUAUUGUCAUUGUGGUCUUAAUCUAUUCAGUGGCCCAAGGAUGUAUGGUGGGCUGUAUGCCCUGGGCCUGGAGCAUGAGCCCCAACAGCUCCCUGGUGGUCCUCUUGCCUGGAGUCCGCAGCAGCUCAUUGCCCACGCCACCCUGCACGUCAGCCCCCCAUGCCCUGCUCUGCUGCCUUGUCGGCACCCUCACACUUGCCACCUUCCUGCGUGUCCCCUCCUGGUCCAAGAUGCUCCUCCUGCUAGUGCUUACCUUGCUGUCCGUCCUCAUGCUGUGGCUUAGCAGGUCCACCGGAGCACCCAGGGGCCAUGCCAUCUCCCCGCAUAGCUAUGAGCCCAUCCUGGCCGUCCUGCUCUUCUCCUUCGCCCUGGGCCUACACUCCAGGCAGGUGGACCUCAAGUUUCGGCUGGACUACCUCUGGGCUCUGCAGGCAGAAGAAGAACGUGAUGACAUGGAGAAGGUCAAAUUGGACAACAAGAGGAUCCUCUUUAACCUCUUGCCAGCCCAUGUAGCCCAGCACUUCCUCAUGUCAAAUCCCAGGAACAUGGACCUCUAUUACCAGUCGUACGCACAGGUGGGCGUCAUGUUCGCCUCCAUCCCCAACUUCAAUGACUUCUACAUUGAGCUCGAUGGCAACAACAUGGGCGUGGAGUGCCUGCGGCUCCUGAAUGAGAUCAUCGCGGACUUCGACGAGCUCAUGGAGAAAGACUUUUAUAAGGACCUCGAGAAGAUAAAGACCAUUGGGAGCACAUACAUGGCAGCGGUGGGGCUGGCACCCACAGCCGAAGCCAAGGCUAAAAAGUCCAUCGCCUCCCACCUCAGCAUACUUGCAGACUUUGCUAUUGAGAUGUUCGAUGUCCUGGAUGAAAUCAACUAUCAGUCGUACAACGACUUUGUGCUUCGUGUGGGUAUCAAUGUUGGGCCUGUUGUGGCCGGCGUGAUUGGAGCCCGGAGACCUCAGUAUGACAUCUGGGGCAACACGGUCAAUGUGGCCAGUCGUAUGGACAGCACUGGGGUCCAAGGCAAGAUUCAGGUGACAGAAGAAGUUCACCGGCUGUUAAAAGGGUACAGCUACCAGUUCAUGUGCCGAGGAAAAGUCAGCGUCAAGGGCAAGGGCGAGAUGCUAACAUACUUCCUAGAGGGAAGGACUGAUGGCAGUUCCCAAACCAGGUCUUUACAUGUGGAACGGAAAAUGUGUCCUUACAGGAGAGCCGGCCUCCAGACAAGACUGGCCACCAGCUGCCCCCCAGUGCCCAACGUGGCUGGUUUCUCAGUCCAAGCUGAGUUAGGGGCUCUGCAGGGCACAGGGCCCCCUUGCAUCCCACUCACCAUUACCUCUCCUCCAGAGCGACUGUGAAGGAGGUUAAAUGCAUCUAUGCCACCAAGCUGGGGGCCUCUUCCAGAGCACACAGGGCGGGAGUUCUGCCCAGGACCAGCCUGACCCGUCGGCAACUCAACGCAACAGCCAAGCUAGAAAAGGAAUGUUUGUAGUGUGUGGUCCAUGGUUCUUUCAGAAGCACCAUCUCCACGACCGUGUUGGCAGCAAGGCGCUAGACCAAUGAAAGCAGGCUCUCUCCCCUCUGCCCAGGCAUGAGGCUUUGGUAGGGCUGCAUCUAUUCAAUCUUCUCCUUUGGCAGCAGAGGAAAGUUGUAUCUCUCAUUAGCAGGCCUGCUGAUUUUGGCCGAGUUGGCAGUAGACAUGUGAAUUCCAGAACAUCGGCCAGAGCCAUAACAAGACUUAGGGAGGUUUAUCUACUUGUUCUUAAGAGGAGACGUGUUCCAGGCACCUCUGCAAGAAUGCCGUGAGAUGGAGCUCUGUCUACAGAACCAAGGUUGCACUCCAGUGCCUGGGCUAUAGGCUUAGCCCAAAUAAGGCUGAUGUUUCUGAAACAGCGCAGAGCCAGGACAGGCCUGGAGUGUUACCAGGUCCUCUUGUUACAUCUGAGGUAGUGCUGACCAUAGGCCUUCUCUCUGAGGCUAUCUCUAGAACUCCCAGAGGGCCUGCAGACACAUUUUUGCUAUGCAGCCUACAACACCCACUCAGAUAGUACUCGGCUCUCAUAAACCCGAAAAUCCCUUUACAUGGCAGUCAGUGCAAGAUCAGUGCCACUUCUUUGUGUGUGUGUGUGUGUGUGUGUGUGUGUGUGUUGGGGAAAGAAGAGAGUUUGGUCCCUAUGAAUUUAACAGAACAAGACUUUAUCUUGAAGAUGAGCCUCCACAAGAAAGUUUUUUGUUUUUUAAAUUGAGUAUGUUGUUUCUUGGGCAAAAUCAGUCUUCUGGAGCAUACUACUUAAGAGGUAGCUGGUUAAUAUAAGACCAGGUAUGGCAGCACCAAUUGAAGCCUGGAAAACAGGGAUGUUUCUUUCCAGCAGUGCUUUGCAGCAGACAGAACCGAGACAAGGGCAGCUUAUGCAUUGCAUAUGCAGCGACCAAAUCUCCUGUGCAUUGGAUUCCUGGCCUAUAUAGAAAACAGCCCAUGGUUUGCUUGGCUGCCAUCGUUACGUGGGGGUACUUCUGCCUGUUUUCUUCUCAAAACUUCUCCUUCACAUCAAAAUCUGAAGUGCAAGGGAUUUGGUUGUUAUGCAACACAUAGUCUGUCCUGGUCUCUAUCAGUCAUGGCUGAACCAGUUUGAACAAUUUCAAAGCCUUGCUUUCCAGGAGCGAUGAAUAGCUUCAUGUCAUGCUGUUGAGAUCCGUGUCUGCAGCCCAGCCUCCCUACAAACCAACCUGGAACGAACCCGAAGAUGGGUGCAUUAUGCAGGGAAGCCAGGCCAGGGAGGACCAAUAAGGAUCAAUGGCAGAAAUAGCUAAGCUAAGGGAUCCAACUGAGCAGACAACCCAGACUAGAAUCCCAGAGAGGAAAAGUUCCAAGUCAGAGACUGGGCAUUACAGUUGGGAAGUUGAGUCAGAGAGGCGUGGUUGGGCUGGCUGAGCCUACCACUGGUCAGCCAAGAGGUUUGGGUGAUCUUAGAGUCCUUUCCUCCCCACUCGCAAAAGCUCCAUGUCUUCCUGCAGCUGCACCUUCCAGCAUGGGGCAGGAGAAAUGUAGACUUCUUCCCUGGACCAUCAGCCUUUACACUGGACUCAGCAUGAUCUGGUCCUUGGUUGAGGAGGGCCAUGGCAGCCUGCUACACUGUUUAAUGUGAUACUGGCAUGUUAGACACAGCAUUUCCACGCAGGAGGGUCGCAUUCAGGCCUCACUGGGGUAUUUGGGUAUGAGCAAGAUGAAGAGGAAGACAGGUUCUGAGGCCUGCCUGGUAGCUGCUGCUGCUACUGGCUAUGAGGAUGGAGGGAGCCAUGGACCAGGGAGUGCAGGUGGCAUACAGAGGCUGAAGGCAGCCCAUGAUUGACAGCUGCAGGAAAUGGGACCUGACUGUCACACCCAGGAGGAACUGAAUUUGGCCAACAGACUGAGUGAACUUGAAAGCAGAUUCCCCUCUAGGGAUUCAGAUGAGAAGCCGUCCAACUGGCACCUUGAUUUGUCCUCCCUGUCCCUCACAGAGAGCCCCUUGAGCCAUGCGAUAUCUGGUCCUCUGACCUGCAGAACUAUGAGAUAGCAAGUGUGUCCUGCAUAAAGCCACAGGGACAUGGCUAUGUGUUCCAGCAGCAAGGUGAGACCCUGCAGGUAACCACUGUGCCUUCUCUGGGCACCAGACUGUUCUGGAAUGGCCAAUCCACAGCACCCUGAAUCAAAGCUCUACUGAAAGGAGCAGGUGGCUCCUUCAUCACAAGCAGUUCCAAACCAGAUCUCUUUCCUCAUAUGGCAGGAAAACCCUCUUUAGCCAUAAUGUUCUUCGUUUGGUGAAAAGAACACCUUACUUUUGAUUUGUGAUGAACCUGUAUGACCUGCCUUAUUUGUUUUUAAUCAUGUAAAAUAUCAAUGGA